CGGUCAUUGCCGCUCUGUGAUUCUCUCCGCGUCUCUGGGACUUUGCGCCUCGCUCCGCCGCACUCCAGAUCUCACACACAUCACGCACACACACAAACUCUUCUCCAGAUUAAAUAGAGAAAGAAAACGGACUGAAAAACGAAGAGAGACCGAGGUGUGACGGAAGGACACGUCCGGAUACAGGCUGACCUCUGUGCAAGCUCAGAGUUCAAAGGUCAUAGGUCAUGACCUCACUUUGAUCCCAGGCAUACCUUUCCAUUCCACGCUCGUGACCUUAUGUUCCACACCUUCCCCAACAAAUCCAGGGGGCAGACGGCGGUUGCCAUGGAGAAGACCUAUUCACUAACGGCACAUUACGACGACUUUCAGGAAAUCAAGUAUGGCAGCCGCUACAGCAGCAGCACGCUCAGUAAUGGCAUGAGCUUGCAUCUGGGUGGGUCUCUAGACCGCAAUGGCCGUAGCCGGAGUGGACGGGAUAAAUGCGUGGGUGGGGCUAGUCCUGGGAGUGGAACCCCAGCUCGCUGGAGUCGCCGUGAAAUCUGCCUGCUGUCGGCGCUGGUGUUCGCGGCAGGAAUAUGUGUGAUUCUUGGCUGCAUGCUGGCACUGAAGUUUUUGUCGUUGGAAACGCAGGAUUCUCAGUGUCGUCAGGACUGCGUUAAGCGACGCUCGCUGCUCCGGGCGGCACGGUUCAUCCAGGGCAACAUCGACCCGAGUGUCCAGCCCUGUCACGACUUCUACAGCUUCGCGUGUGGAGGAUGGCUCCGGCGACACGGGAUACCGGAGGAUAAACUGAGCUACGGAAUCAUCACUGCCAUCGGAGAGCAAAACCAAGAGAAGCUGCAGCGCCUCUUACAGAUGCCGGUCCAGAGGAAAGAGCCGGGUAGCGCAGAAAGAAAGGUGAAAGAAUUUUAUCGCUCCUGUAUCAACAUUCAGGAAAUUGACCGUCUGGGGGCGGGGCCUUUGACGGAGGUGAUUGAAAGCUGCGGUGGAUGGGAUCUGUCUGGAGCUCCUCCUGGAGGGGCGGGCUGGGACAGUGGCUCCGCCCCCGUGAGGCCGGAUUUUAAUGAGAUGCUGUAUAAGACUCAGGCUGUGUACAGCACGUCUGUGUUCUUCUCUCUCACUGUCAGCGUAGAUGAUAAAAACUCGUCACGCAAUGCCAUACGGAUCGAUCAGGAGGGUUUGACUCUACCGGAGAGAACUCUGUAUAUGGGUCAGGAUGAGGACAGUGUGAAGAUUCUGGCAGCCUAUAAGGCAUUGAUGGAGAGAUUGCUGAGCAUGCUGGGAGCCCAUAACGCCACGCUGAAAUCUAGCGAGAUUCUGGACCUGGAGACGAGACUAGCUAACAUCACAAUGUCUGAAUUUGAUGACCAAAGAAAAGAUAUAAGUAGCAUGUACAACCGUAUAACAUUAAAACAACUCCAGAAAAUGGCUCCCAGCUUUCACUGGAAGCGUUUGUUGGACCGGAUCUUCCAUGAUAAUUUCUCAGAGGAGGAGGAGAUCGUAGUUUUAGCCGCUGACUACAUGCAAAGAGUGUCAGACAUCAUUAAAACCACAUCUAAACGGGUUCUCCAUAAUUACAUGUUGUGGCGGAUUGUGGCGGCCUUGAGCGAGCAUCUCUCCACGGCGUUCCGCAGCACCAUCCAUGAAUUCUCACGCGAGAUCGAUGGCACCGAGCGCCAGCUUGAACUGGGGCGACUCUGUCUCACUCAGGCCAACAAACACUUCGGCAUGGCACUUGGCGCGCUCUUCGUCCAACAGUACUUCUCUUCUAAGAGCAAAGCCAAGGUACAGGAGCUGGUGGAGGACAUUAAACAUUCAUUAGAUCUGAGACUGCAGGAGCUUGACUGGAUGGAUGAAGAAACUAAAGACGCUGCCAGAGCAAAGUUACAGCAUAUGAUGGUGAUGACCGGUUAUCCAGACUUCCUGUUAAAACCAGAACUUAUUGAUGAGGAAUAUGCUUUUGAUGUCAACGAGAAAACAUAUUUCAAGAACAUCCUCAACAGCGUCAAAUACAACAUCAAACUCUCCAUCAAAAAGAUUAAUAAAGAGGUGGACAAGACAACGUGGCUGCUUCCUCCACAGGCUUUAAAUGCAUAUUACCUGCCAAACAAAAACCAGAUGGUUUUUCCUGCAGGAAUUCUCCAGCCAACCCUCUAUGAUCCAGAAUUCCCUCAGUCACUGAAUUAUGGAGGAAUUGGUGCAAUCAUUGGACACGAACUUACACAUGGAUAUGACGACUGGGGAGGGCAGUAUGAUCGCUUUGGUAACCUGAAGCAGUGGUGGACGGAAGAAUCGUACAGGAAGUUUCAGAAGAAGGCGGAGUGUAUCAUCAAACUAUACGACAACUUCACUGUCUAUAACCAGAGGGUGAACGGGCGUUUGACGCUGGGUGAGAACAUCGCUGAUCUGGGUGGACUGAAGUUGUCUUAUUAUGCGUAUCAGAAGUGGGUUCGUGAUCACGGUCCUGAGCGGCCUCUCCCAGGACUCAAAUACACACAUGAGCAGCUGUUCUUCAUUGCGUUUGCUCAGAAUUGGUGUAUGAAGAGACGAUCACAGUCGAUAUAUCUUCAGUUACUGACCGAUAAACACGCACCUGAGCACUACAGGGUAAUCGGCAGCGUGUCUCAGUUUGAAGAGUUCGGCCGUGUGUUCCACUGUCCCAGAGGGUCACCCAUGCACCCUGUCAACAAAUGUGCCGUUUGGUGACUUUUGACCUCUGAACCCUAUCCUUUGAUCGGCCCGUUUUCAUUACAGCCCGAUCCGAGCUUCUCAGACUUCGCGAUACAGCAUAAAAUCAUGGCGCAGAUUGAUGUUUACAGCAUGUCAAGAGAAAUCAAAGACCAAACGACGUUCCCGCUUACGUUCCUAAAUACCAUCAUCACGCUAGAAGCUCCUCAUGGGCCAUUUCUUUUGAAAUAUUUGUUUAUUUUUAUAUUCUAAUGCAGAGGGUGAAGUGUCAGUCACAUUUUGGGUGAUGUCUGUAUGAAGAGAUUUUGAGUGUUUUUGAGUCGUGUAUGUAUGAUCACAGAUGUGUGUGUGUGAGAGAGAGACAGCUCUGUAUGUAGGCAUGUUAAAGGUUUCUUCAUAUGACGUGUUUUGACUGUCAAGUUUUGUGUUUUUAUAAAAUAGGUGUAAAACAGGCUGAUGAAUGGACGGUCAGUCGGACAGAAGCAAAAAUCAAAAAACGUUUCAUGAUAUCAUUUUUGUCAAAUUGCGAAAAAGGAUUGUGAAUCUCACGAAGAAACACACUGCAAAAAAAAAAAGUAUUUUUGUCUUAUUUUCCAGUAAAAAAUACGUAAACAUUCUUAAAACAAGAUAUAUUUAUUUGACAAGCAAAAUUGCAUAAGAUAUUACGUCUUGUUUUCAGAGAAAUCUGACCAAAAAAAAAAAAAAAAGACAUUUUAACUAUAAAAAAUACGCUUGUUUACCUUUUGAAAUAGGUUUAUUUUUCUAAUCCAAUUGGCAAUUUUUUUUUUUCUUGUUUUAAGCAUAAACCUCACUAAAUUUAGUCAGAUUUUUCUGAAUACAAGACUUCAUAUCUGAUGCAAUUUUACUUGUCAAGUAAAUAUAUCUUGUUUUAAGAAUGUUUAGAUAUUUUUACUAGAAAACAAGACAAAAUUACUUAUUAUUAUUAUUAUUAUUAUUAUUAUUUGCAGUGCACCCAGAUCAGAUUGCCCCCUAAAUAAACAAUUCAAAUCUUUGUUGUAUUAUAACGUUAUUUUCAUGACAAUUAAGCAUAUUUAACCAACACACUGUCAUUGCUGUAAUGUGCCCAGGUGUUUGAUUCUCAUUAGACUGUCAUCACUGUUAUACAGUAUUUUUUAUUGCAUUCAGUGAUUUUAUUAAUUAAAAAUAGUACAAUUACUACCAUCGUAAAUACCUCACAAUUGAAAUAAUGAUUAUUGUUUUCACUUGACAUUACUGAGUUAUUUGCAUUGUUGUAAUGGGAGUUUGUGUGCAUGGGGGAAUAUGUUUAAUCUUAAUUUUAUGGUAAAUAAAUCACAUUUAUUUCGUAUUGAUUUUGGUGUGCAAUAUGAGGUUUCGUGAGAUUCACCCAAGCAUCUUUUGUCCAGAUGUGAAACUGUUGAAAACAACAGAUGAACACAAGUUUUCCUUAGAUAAUUUUGUUGUUGUUGUUGUUGUUGUUGAUGGGACGUGAUUGUUUAUGUGCUGACCUUUUUCCCAAAUGAAUUCUGGACUUAAAAAUGACAGAAGAUCAGACCAAAACAAACAUUAAUGCAGCUGCAGCCUCUGCGGUGGGAGAAAAAUAACAUGGGAUAUUACUGUAAUUUUUAUUUUGUAUGAAGUAUUUGCUCAUGGGUAAUUACAGAGUAACUUUGUAUGAAUAAAUUAUAUAAAAAGUGUAAAAAUGUACAGGUGGAAUAAAGCAUGUUUGCUGUUAAAAAAUUUGAAAAAAACAUACAAAGUGGAAUAAAACAGAACUUUAUC